UACAAUAAAACUUAGCAAUUGUAUUCUUAUCAAUUGUUAUUAAAGUAUUAUUUAGUUCCAGCUGUUCACAUUAUGGAUUCAGAGACAAUCGAACUCGUACCAUCAGACGGGGAUAAAAUACUUAUUUCUUCAUCCACUUUUAAUAAAAUUCGCAACGAGCAGCUGGAAUCUAUAAUGGAACGUGGAAAAAAUUCGAGGAUUCUGAAAUUGCCAUACCCCACAGUAGUUGUGGCUCGGAUGGUUAACUAUCUGAGUACAGAUGACCCUCAGUUAAAAUCUUUGGACAGCGGUUUCCAGUUGUAUGACUUGAGCAAAAAAUAUUCAAUUAAAAUUUUAAACAGGAAAUGCGAAAAGUUCAUUAUCGAUCGGUUAAGUAUGAAAAAUGUGUGCGCAAUUCACGAUUUCGCGUGCAAAAUGAAUCUUUCCCAGAUACAACAUCGUUGCAGAAAAAUUUUCGAUACGUAUUGGACAGAGAUAUUCGAGGGAGAUGAUUUCAAAUCCUGUGAAACUACGACAAUAGACAGGUUAGUGUCUCGUCCGUUAUACACAAGUAUGGACGAAGUGGAUAUAUUUCUGGCCGUCUACAAGUGGAUGAAAGAGAAGUGCAAACGAGAAAUGGGAACGUCAUUUGUUCAAAUAAAUGAAAACGCCAAGAAACAAAAAUAUCGAGAAGAAUUGCAACCGUUUCUUGAAAAAAUCAGAUUCUUAGCCAUGAGCAAACAGGAAUUAAUUAAUAAAGUAUUCAAACUUAAUUUGUUUACCGAAGAAGAAGAAAAAUCCAUUCUCGUCUGUAAGGAAACCAAAAAUUUUUCAGAUUAUCCGAGUUAUUUGAGCAAAAACUCAAACGACAGAUGCAGGAGCAAAUAUUCAAAUUACGCACUACUAUUUGAGUUUAAACAUAUUAAAGAAUCUCCUCGCGUAACCGCCGAAUCUAAGAAACCAUUUACGUAUUUCACCACCGAGAUAUUUGUGAGGGAAGAUUGUUUCGUCACUAAUCUCAAUCUUCCCAUUACUCUUAACAGUAAAUACAUACCUAUGCAUAUCUAUGGUUAUAUAAAUUCGGUAGAAAGCGGUGUUUUUCAUUUGGAAUCUUUCUGCAAUUCCCUAGGAAAAGUAGAGUUGGUUGAACCAAUAUUCUUUGGGAAGAGUUCGACUUGUCGUCUGUGCGCAGUUUUUGCUCACGAUCAUUGGCUCCUUCACAACAUAAAUUUACCUUUACGAUCGGCAGAAACUUUUGCUACUCCCGAACAAUCGGAGGGGGUGUUAUUCGAGGAGAAGUUGAUUAAAGAUGGGAUCAUUGAAGAAGAAAGUGAUAAUUUUUACUUCCUGCUCUACUUGAUUUCUUCGAGUGAGAUACGAAUCCAAAACAAAAAACAAGAAGAAAUUAUUAUAUCAGAAGCUCAGUUAAAUAAAGUCAUGAACAGGAAUUUUGAACUUCUCAUUAAAUACUGUGAAAAUUCGAAAGUUCUGUUCAUGCCUUAUCAAAUCGAAACCAUCAGACAAUUCGUUACUUAUGUACAGACGGACGAUCCCGGAUUGGCCUUUAUUACACACGCUUUCGAUCUGUAUCAUCUGAGUUUAAGAUACGAGCUAGAUGAUUUAAGAAAGAAAUGCAGAUCAUUUAUCAUUCGGAAAAUAAAUUUGCAUACCGUCUGUGCAAUCCACGAUUUUGCACGUGAGAUCAGUGAUGUGUUCAUUACUUAUUAUUGCUGGCUAGCUUUCGACCAACUCGGAGAAAGAUUAUUUACAACAGUCGACUUUAUGUGCUGUAAAAUUACAACAAUUGAUAGAUUGGUAUCUCGAGCGAUAUAUGAAUCUGUCAGUGAAUUUCGUUUACUCCAAGCCGUGUAUCAGUGGAGCAUAGAAGAAGUUAAAAGAAAGCAGGGUGCAGACGUCUUUUAUUCCAUGAAUGAAGAAUCGGAAAGGAAUGCAAUUAGAAGUGUAAUGGAGCCAUUUAUUGGAAAAUUCAGAUUUCUUGCCAUGAAUGAAGACGAAUUGCAAUCUUGUGUUGUAACAAUGAACUUGUUAAGCGAGUUAGAAAAGAUUCAUAUCUGGCAUACUUUUAAGACUGGUAAUUAUUACUUUUAUCCCAGUUACUUCAGUCGAGAAACAAAAACCAGAAGCGGAUUAAAUUAUCGUAACUUGUUCUCGUACGUAAAUAAAGAUCCUUCUAUGGUCGCUAACAGAAAGGUGAAAGGUUACAUACAUUUUAGCAGCGAAGUAGUUGUGAUGGAGGAUUGUUACGUCACGGCUCUUCGAUUUCCGAUGAUGCUUGGCGAACGUUUUCCAAUGUUCGUAUACGCGUAUAUUAAUAAUUUGGAUAACGAGUAUUUUUCGUUUCACACCGUUUGCAAUGCACAGGGAGUAGCAAAUCUGCAAACGAAGUUGUAUCUAGAUAAACAUUGGUCAAUUCGUUUCUUUGCUUUCUUUUACCUCGCUGAAAAUGUCCAACCCGAUAUCGAGUUUUUACCUCAAUUGAGUUACUUUAUGAGCGACGAAGGAACAGAUGCCAGGAAAUUUGAAGACAAAUUUUUAAUCGGUGACAGAAACCUUAUGAACAAUAUUUACUUUUCGGUUGAUUUAUAUUUUUGA